AUGCCCGGGGAGCUUCUGCGCACCGUGGUGACCGCCGUGACCGCCAGCCCCCCGCGCUCCAACAAACGCAAGACGGCCGCGACAAUGGCCGCCAAACCCGACCUGUACCUCGUCUCGGACACCGAUCAGAUCUACGAGCAAGACAUCGUCCGCAGUCCGGGCAGCAUCAAGCCAUGGCUCGCCUACGUCGCCUACAAACGCCAGCACACCAGCCUGCUUGAGACGGCCUUCGUUCUCGAGCGCGCUUGCACGACUCUGCCGCGAUCCUACAAGCUGUGGAAGAUGUAUCUCGAGCUCCGGACCAAACACCUCGAGCGCAAGAACCCCGCCAAGUUUGCGCCGCACUAUGUCAAGGUCAACGCCCUGUUUGAGCGCGCAUUGGUGCUCUUGAACAAGAUGCCCAAGAUCUGGGAGAUGUAUCUGUCCUUCCUCAUGCAACAGCCACUCGUUACCACCACCCGGAGAACCUUCGACCGCGCCCUCCGCGCGCUUCCACUCACUCAGCACAACCGGAUAUGGGCCUUGUACCGGCCGUUCGCGAACUCUGCCUCCGGAGAGACAGCCGUGCGGAUCUGGCGGCGCUACAUGCAGAUACACCCGGAGCACGUGGAAGAAUUCAUCGAGUUGCUGAAGGAUAUGCGGCAAUAUACCGAAGCCGUCAAGAAGUACAUGGAGAUUCUCAACAACCCGCGUUUCAAGAGCAAGGAAGCCAAGGGACCCUUCCAGUUCUGGACCGAGAUGCUCGAACUUCUCAUCGACCACGCGAAGGAGAUCGAGACUGGCGACGAUACUGGGAUUGAUGUGGAGAAGAUUAUCAGGAGUGGCAUCGCGCGUUUCUCCGAUCAACGAGGAAUAUUAUGGGUUGGACUCGCGCGGUAUUGGAUCAACAAGGGCGAAUAUGAAAGAGCCAGGGACGUCUUCGAGGAGGGCGUCACCACCGUCAUGACCGUGCGAGAUUUCUCCAUCGUAUUUGACACAUAUGCCGAAGCCGAAGAGAGCCUUAUCGGAAUCAAAAUGGAGGAAGCGGCCGCGCGUUCCGACAAGGGCAAAAUUAACGAAGACGCAGACGACGAUCUCGAUAUCCGGCUAAUGAGGUUCGAGCAACUCAUGGACCGUCGGCCAUUCCUUGUCAACGAUGUUCUUCUCCGUCAAAACCAGAGCAACGUCAACGAGUGGGAAAAGCGCGUGGCUCUUUGGGGCGACAACAAGAAAGAGGUGGUGCAAACGUAUACCGACGCAAUCGCCGCAAUCAAGCCUAAGAAAGCCGUGGGCAAGUUCCACGAGCUAUGGGCGAACUACGCCAAAUUUUACGAGAAUGGAGGCGAUCUUAGGAACGCUCGUGUCAUCAUGGAGAAGGCCGUCAAAGUCCCAUACAAGUCGGUCGCUGAACUUGCCGAUAUGUGGUGCGAGUGGGCGGAAAUGGAACUCAGGAAUGAGAACUUCGACCGCGCAGUUGAAAUCAUGGCCAAAGCGACCCAAGCCCCGAAGAGGUCAAACGUGGACUACUUUGACGAAGAGCUACUGCCGCAACAACGUGUUCACAAGAGCUGGAAGUUAUGGAGUUUUUAUGUUGAUUUAGUGGAAAGUGUCAGUACGCUCGAAGAAACGAAAAAGGUCUAUGAGCGUAUCUUCGAACUACGCAUCGCCACGCCGCAGACAGUUGUCAACUACGCCAAUCUGCUCGAAGAGAACCAGUACUACGAGGACUCAUUCAAGGUUUAUGAACGCGGUCUGGACUUGUUCAGCUAUCCUGUUGCGUUCGAGCUGUGGAAUCUUUACCUCACAAAGGCGGUCGAUCGGAAAAUUGGUAUCGAGCGUCUUCGUGAUCUCUUCGAGCAAGCCGUGGAAGGGUGUCCGCCCAAGUUUGCGAAAGUGCUGUACCUAAUGUACGGCGCGUUGGAAGAAGAGCGAGGAUUGGCCAGGCACGCCAUGCGGAUCUACGAGCGGGCGACUCGUGCUGUCUCGGACGAAGACCGCAUGGACAUGUUCAACUUCUACAUCACUAAGUCCGCUUCGAACUUUGGGUUGACCUCGACUCGACCUAUCUACGAACGUGCCAUCGCGGCGCUGCCAGACAACGAGGCGAAGGAAAUGUGUCUCAAAUUUGCUGAGAUGGAGAGGAGGCUGGGCGAGAUUGACCGUGCAAGAGCCAUUUACGGCCACGCCAGCCAGUUCUGCGAUCCGAGGACGAAUCCAGUGUUCUGGCAGAAAUGGGAGAGCUUCGAGGUGCAACACGGCAACGAAGACACGUUCAAGGAGAUGCUGCGUGUCAAGAGAAGCGUGCAAGCGCAGUACAACACCGACGUCAACUUCAUCGCUUCGCAAGCCCUCGCCCGGAGUCAGCUACCAGCCGACGCCGACACCAACGGCGACGAGGCAGACAAAAUCGACGCCAUGGCAGCGCUCGAACGACAAGCCCGCGCUCCACAGGGCUUUGUUGCCGCCAGCACAGGCCCCGAAGUCAGCAAAAUCAACGGCGCACAGGCAGUGCAACCUGUCGUGGCCUCCAAUCCCGACGCCAUUGACGUUGAUGAUGACCUAUAA